UCUUCACGGAGGACUCCUCUCAUCACAUCUCCGCUCGCAUAAUGGCAGCUGAAUUAAAACAGCUGUGGUACGUCCGUGUCCGGUACUUUUCCGCUUUCAUCUGAGCAGCAGCGUUUGUGUAAUGUAGCUCUCCUCCUCGCUAAAUAACUUCUUCUUUUCCUGGUAUUUUUUUCUCCCCUCAGACACGCGUUCAGAAAUUACCAAACCUCCGACUUGUAACUAAACUGCUUCAGGAAAAAAGGUCGUGUAUCUUUGGAUGGAGAAUUUUGAGUCGGUGGUGAAUGAGCUGAAGGCAAGCUGGUUGUGAAGGUGCUGGACUUGUUCCCCCCUACGCCCCAAGCCGGACACAACAUGGCAGCGGGAGUAGCGGCAUGGCUUCCCUUUGCACGGGCGGCAGCGAUCGGCUGGAUGCCCGUGGCCAAUUUGCCCAUGCCAGUGGCGCCCACUGAGAAGAACAAGCGUCAGGAUGAGCUAAUCAUUCUUAAUGUCAGUGGACGGCGCUUCCAGACCUGGAGGAACACGCUGGACCGCUAUCCAGACACCCUGCUGGGGAGCUCUGAAAAGGAGUUCUUCUACAAUGAGGAGACCAAGGAGUACUUCUUUGACCGAGAUCCUGACGUGUUCCGCAGCGUGCUCAACUUCUACCGCACUGGCAAGCUCCACUAUCCACGCUAUGAGUGCAUCUCGUCCUAUGAUGAGGAGUUGGCAUUCUUUGGCAUCGUCCCAGAGAUCAUUGGCGACUGCUGCUACGAAGAGUACAAGGACAGGAAAAGGGAGAAUGCGGAGCGUCUAAUGGAUGACCAGGAGGACAACAAGGACGCAAAGCUGCCCAACAUGACCUUCAGGGAGACCAUGUGGCGGGCUUUUGAGAACCCCCACACUUCCACCAUGGCCCUUGUCUUCUACUAUGUCACUGGCUUCUUUAUUGCCGUCUCCGUCAUCACCAAUGUGGUGGAGACGGUGCCCUGUGGCACAGUGCCCAACCAGAAGGAAGUGCCAUGUGGUGAGCGCUACACCGUGGCCUUUUUCUGCAUGGACACGGCCUGCGUCAUGAUCUUCACCGUGGAGUACCUAAUGCGCUUGUUUGCUGCACCUAGCCGCUACCGCUUCAUGAGGUCCGUCAUGAGCAUUAUCGACGUGGUGGCCAUCUUGCCCUACUACAUUGGCCUGGUGAUGACUGACAACGAGGACGUGAGCGGCGCAUUUGUGACGCUCCGUGUUUUCCGCGUGUUCCGUAUCUUUAAGUUCUCCCGUCACUCGCAGGGCCUGCGCAUCCUGGGCUACACGCUAAAGAGCUGUGCUUCUGAGCUGGGCUUCCUGCUCUUCUCCCUCACCAUGGCCAUAAUUAUCUUUGCUACCGUCAUGUUCUACGCAGAGAAGGGUUCAAGCUCCAGCAAAUUCACCAGCAUCCCAGCCUCCUUCUGGUACACCAUUGUUACUAUGACAACACUCGGGUACGGAGACAUGGUUCCUAAGACGAUCGCAGGGAAGAUCUUUGGCUCAAUCUGCUCUCUGAGCGGGGUGCUGGUAAUUGCCCUGCCUGUCCCUGUCAUCGUGUCCAACUUUAGCCGCAUCUAUCACCAGAACCAGAGAGCAGACAAGCGGCGGGCGCAGAAGGUACAGAAAGCCCGCUUGGCCAGGAUACGAAUAUCCAAGACGGGAAGCUCUAAUGCCUUCCUCCACAGCAAGCGCAACGGCCUGUUCAACGAAGCUCUGGAGUUCACGCAACUUCCAUACAAGAUGAACCUUUCAGAUCAGAGUUCCACUGAGGAAGACCAGAGGCUAAGCAAAUCAACCUCUCUACUAGAGAGCCAGCACCACCACCUACUGCACUGCCUGGAGAAAACCACUAACCAUGAGUUUGUGGACGAGCAGUAUUACCAGCAAAGCUACCUGGAGGCGGGGCUGCAGAAUUACCCAUCUCGAAGCCCCUCCCUCUCAAGCCAAGAUGGCGUAACGGGCACGUGUUGCACCCGCCGAAGCAAGAAGCACCACACCCCUUUACCAAAUGCCAGUGCUGCAGCACACAUGCAGCCUUUGACACACACGCACACACACCAACAAGGCUUGCAGGAGCUCAGCACCAUCCACAUCCAGCCCCUCAGCACCAGCCGCUCCAGUCUGAACAUGCGAGUGGACGAGCCAGCAUCCCUGAACUGCCAGGGCAGUCAGAUCACCACAGCAAUCAUCAGCAUUCCCACACCACCAGUGACCACCCCUGAGGGCGAUGCUCAUCUGCCCGCAGGCCCUACUCACCAGAACGUUGUGAAGGUGUCCGCACUGUGAAGACUAGAGUGCAGGCGCAUCACAAAGACAGAAUAAAGACUCAUCGAGACAGACUGAGGGACAGAGGAGCACUGGGAUUGAUGGAGGAGAAGGCAUUCAGAGUCCUGGUCCGGUCGUGGUGGAGCCCGCCCUCUGCUGGUCAUGUACUGUAAUGACAUGGACUCCCUGUACAGGCAGAGGAUGGCUUUUAGAUCCAACAUAUUCAUGUUAGUGGUUGCAAGUGUGUGCGUGGGUGAAAGAGUGGAGAAUACAUGUAGGGAGUCGUUUUAGAUGAGGAAGCACCACCCAAGUGUCAGAGAUGAGUUCCCAGAGCAAGUCAUGUGUCACUGUGCACAGAGCACCUUUUUAUGAUUUUGCUUCAGUUUGAGUCUUACUGUCUUUUU